CCUCCUUCCCCUCCUUCAAUAACAAUCCACGUGACCAAGUCCAUCAUCAUGUCUUCUGAUUUGAACAUCGCUGCAAAGUCAUUCAAAAGUCUACAUAAGCCACAUCAACCAGUCAUCUUGGCCAAUGUAUACGAUGGUAUCUCAGCAAAAACCAUCGGAUCCCUGCCCGCCUCGAAAGCUAUCGCAACAGCCAGUUAUGCGAUUGCCGAAGCCGCCGGCACGGUUGACAAGCAGCUGACACUCGAACAAAAUAUGAGAGGUGUUGAAGCAAUUGCAUCCGCAAUCAAGGAUCUCGGAAAGCCGUUGACCGUCGACAUUCAAGACGGAUAUGGUGAGCAGCUUGGAGACGUAAUCAAACGAGUCAUUAGUGUUGGUGGCGUCGGUGUCAACCUCGAAGACUAUGACAAAGACAACAAGCGAUUUUAUAGCGCUGCCGAUGCCGUCAAUAGAAUCAAGCUGGUGCUAUCUACCGCGAGCGCCCUAGGCGUUCCUGAUUUCGUGGUCAAUGCAAGGGUCGAUCCGCUUCUAUAUGGCGGCACAAUUGAGGAGGUCAUCUCGCGCGGCCAGGCAUAUCUUGCUGCUGGUGCGACAACUAUCUUCGUCCUUGGUCCUCUGGAGGGGCCGCAUGCUGGAUCCCUUACAGAGGAACAGAUCAAGCAGCUAGUAGAGGCUUUCGGGGGCCGUUUGAAUGUGUCCCUUUUUGGACGAUUCACAACCAAGGAAGCUGCGUCCCUCGGUGUUUCCCGUAUUAGCAUCGGACCCAAGCUUCAGUUUAUCGCUUCGGCAGCUUUCCAGGAAGAGGCUGAGCGGCUAUUUAACCUUGACUGAGAUUAUUCAACUAUUUUAUCUCGCACCUUAGUUUUGUUCGGCGAUCAUAGUGAUUCUUUUAAUCUAGGACCCUCAAUCAACAGCGAGACAAUUGAUACGAUCGCCA